AUGUCAAAGAAAUUGAAUAGGAAAAUGUCUGAAGAAUCUUAUGACGCUGCUUUGGAUCUUUUGAGGAGAUUGGAUCCUAAAAACAUUGCCAAAAACUUGCAAAGUAUUAUCAAAUUGAAUCCUGAUUUAGCUGAAGAUUUAUUAUCUUCUGUGGAUAUCCCUUUAAAUGUUGCUCGUGAUGAAGCCAAUGGUAAAAAAUACCUAACUUGUGAUUAUAAUAGAGACUUGGACUCUUAUAGAUCUCCUUGGUCAAAUAAAUAUUAUCCAGUUUUAGAAGAAGGUGAUGAUGAAAGUCCGUUUCCUUCUGAAAAGUUGAGACAAUUGGAGAUUUAUGCCAAUGAUUCCUUUGAUGUCUAUAGAGAUCUAUAUUAUGAAGGUGGUGUUUCAAGUGUUUAUUUCUGGGAUCAGCCAGAUGAAGAAGAUUCUCAAAAUGAUUCGAAUUUCGCAGGUGUUGUGUUAUUAAAGAAAAACACUGAUGAUGAACAAGGUCUUUGGGAUUCAAUUCAUGUUUUGGAAGUGUUGGUGGGUCGUUCCAAAGCCACAUACAAAGUUACAUCUACAAUCAUACUUGAUCUAUCCAAAGUGGAUAAAGAUAAAAAGGAUUCAAUCAGUUUAUCUGGUAAUUUGAUAAGACAAACUGAAAAAGAAUUGGCCAUAACAGACGAACACUCACAUAUUAUAAAUAUCGGUACAUUGGUUGAAGAUAUUGAGUCCAAAUUGAGAAACUUGUUGCAAGAGGUGUAUUUUGGAAAGACUCGUGACAUUGUCGGAGAUAUUAGAUCGUUACAAGGGCUCUCCUCUUCAGAAGACGACAAAAAGAAACAGCAGGAAUUGGUUAAGGGAAUCCAAGGGCUAUGAUCUAUAUUCUAUAAUGCUUUAUAUUUAUGAAUUGAAUUUGAAUUGAAUUGAAUUUCUGUAGAAUUGCUUAUAAUCUGG